AUGGCUACGGUAGGCUAUGGUGAUCUGGUGCCAACUACAGUAGCGGGAAAAAUGAUAGGAAGUGGAGCGAUUGUAUGUGGCGUAAUGGUGCUCGCAUUACCCAUUACGAUAAUGGUAAACAAUUUCAUGCAAGUAGUGAAGUUGCGGGAAGAGAAAAUUGUCAAAAAAUAUGCUCAACAGCACGGUGAUCAAGUCUGA